AUGAACCUCAUGGAUAUCUCCAAGAUCUUCUCUCUUCUACAACCUGAAAAGGAGGAGGAGGACACCAACACAGGGGAAAAGCAGGCCCUCAAUCAAGCAGUAUAUGACAAUGACUCCUGUACCCUGGACCAUCUUCUACACCAGGAACGCUAUAAACGGUUCAUCAACAGCAGGAGUGGCUGGGGUAUACCUGGCACACCCUUGCGUUUGGCAGCUUCUUAUGGUCACUUAAAUUGUGUGAAGGUCCUCCUGGAACAUGGUGCUGAUGUUGAUAGUUUGGAUGUCAAAGCACAAACACCACUUUUCACUGCUGUUAGUCACGGUCAUCUGGAGUGUGUAAGAAUGCUUUUAGAAGCUGGUGCCUGUCCUAGUGGUAGCAUCUACAACAAUUGCUCUCCUGUUCUCACUGCCUCACGUGAUGGGGCUUUCGCCAUCUUACAGGAGCUCCUAGGGCAUGGCGCAGAGGCUAAUGUUAAAGCUAAACUGCCAGUCUGGGCAUCGAACAUAGCUUCAUGUUCUGGUCCUCUCUAUUUGGCUGCAGUCUAUGGGCACCUCGAUUGUUUCCGCCUGCUUUUGCUCUAUGGGGCAGAUCCUGAUUACAACUGCACCGACCAGGCCCUCUUACGUCGCGUUCCACAUCCUCGCACACUCCUUGAAAUCUGCCUUCAUCAUCAUUGUGAGCCAGAGUACAUCCAGCUUUUAAUAGAUUUUGGAGCUAACAUCUACCUUCCAUCUCUGCCUGACUCAACAACGUCACAAGACGAUAAAGGCAUCAAAGUGCUGCUACAAGCCCGAGCCACUCCACGGUCACUCCUGUCCCAGUCCCGUUUAGUUAUUCGCAGAUCCCUGUGCCGGGCCAACCAGCCACAAGCCAUCGACCAGCUGGAUCCCCCUGUGUUGAUUAGCUACCUCAAGUAUCAAUGAUAAGUUUUUAACUUUCUCAGUAACCUAAUGCAUGAUACCUCCAAAAAUACACCUGGGAACCCAGGUUGAUUGAGAAUAAUACACCUCAUAACUUUUCUG